UAAACCAGGUUUAUUCACUGAUGCGUGUCGAUGAAUUUUCUAAGCAUAAUGCCUCUGGUAUAAAUAACAUACCUGUUGUGCGUGCAUAGUGUAAUUACUGGCGGGAAAGAUAUUGCUGCAAUGUUCGAUUGCAAAAUCUGAAAAUUGCUACACUUCAGUACAGGCACCUUCACAUUUACACGGAUAAACUCUUUAUGUUACAUAUGGAUUUAAAACGAUUUCUAGAUAGAAUAAAAUAUGCUGGACCAACUAAACCUCUGGGUAUCGAUCUCUUGAAUGAACUAUGCGUGCAUUUUGUGUCAUCCAUACCUUUUGACACGUUGGACAAUUUUGGCGGAAGAAAACGAGAUUUUCAUUUGACUGUUCUUUACAACAAAAUCGUACAUGAACGAAGGGGAGAAAAUUGCAUCGGCCUCAAUGCUAUUUUAUAUUGGAUGCUUCAUGAACUUGGAUAUAGUGUUGAAAUUUGUUUCGGUUGUGCUUAUGACGCUGGAAAGCAGUGCUUCGAUGAUGAUCGUCAUCAUAUUGUCGUACUCGUAACUUUAGAUAGUGGGCAAACAUGGGUGGCGGAUGUCGGUACAGGUGGACGAUCUUCUUUGCUACCUCUACAAUUAGACCGACUAAAUGUAGAACAGUCGCAACCAAACGGUAUAUUUAUCGUGACCAAACACGAUAAUUGGUACGUUGUGUCAAAGAAGAAACAAAUUCAACUUGACACUGACGGAAGUAAGCUGCAACCACGGAACGCGCAAACGAGAACUUCUCAAAGCAAAUACCAGAUAAAUGAUGAAUGGACGGUGAUAUUUGGGUUUAAUGACGAGCCUAAACAUUUAGAUGACUUAUCGGAUAUAUAUAUUCACUCACAAGAGAAACAUCCUCUCACUACCUGCAACAGUCUUGCUAUCCAGCUUGACAGAAACCAUCGAAAAUUGCUAUUGGGGAGUGUGUUCGUGGAAAAAAAGUACAUUGACCCUAUGACAGUUCAAGUCGUUCGAAAGCGAAAUUGUGGGCAUGGUGACCAUAAUAAAAUUCUUGAAGUUGAAUUUGGAAUAGUUUUAGAUUUCGAACUAAAGCCAAAGAGUAACCUGGCGUCACUUGAUUGAAUAAAUCAUUUUUUCCCUUUGGACUGGAGGCGACAACAUGUUAAUUAUUAUAGGGCUCUUUAUGUUCAGAGACAAAGUCAUCAUGUAAUUCCAUCAGUCAAAAGCAGAUCUUUACUACAAAAAUAAUUGAUGAUCACAAAAUGUUCAUCUGUAUAGUUUCACUUAUUGCCGUUGUUCAUAUUGUUAUUGUUGGGCCAAUCGCCUUUAGAAUAUCGCGUUUGAAGAUAAAAUGAUGGAAGGCUAUAUUAUCUCAUUCUUUAUAUACUAUCUGAGCUCACUCGAGCUUGGUUAAAUAAAUUUGGAAAAUUG